AGAGCCCGGCCAGACCCCACUCCCUGCCCCGGCAAGCCCCGGACGCGGCCAGACUCCGCUCCUCGCCCCAGCCAGCGCUUCACUUGGGGGACCCCGGACUGGGGGCAGAUGGAGGUGCUGGAUGCGGGGACAAGAAGCGGAGGGGAGAGACCCUCUGAGGAGCCGGAUGUGAAACAUGUUGCGGACUCAUAAAAUGAGUGGCUGAAAGGGAAAGGAAAAUAGUGCCAUUAUUUACUAGAAUAACAACAUGGGAAAUACAACCACCAAAUUCCGCAAAGCACUUAUAAAUGGAGAUGAAAAUCUGGCCUGCCAAAUAUAUGAGAGCAACCCUCAACUAAAAGAAUCUCUCGAUCCAAAUACUUCUUAUGGGGAACUCUAUCAGCACAAUACUCCAUUACAUUAUGCUGCUAGGCAUGGAAUGAACCGAAUACUAGGGACUUUUCUUUUUGUUAGAGAUGGAAACCCGAAUAAACGAAAUGUGCACAAUGAGACAUCUAUGCACUUGCUGUGUAUGGGACCUCAAAUUAUGAUCGCUGAGGGAGCUCUCCAUCCUCGCUUGGCACGACCCUCUGAAGAUGACAUUAGAAGAGCAGAUUGUCUGCAAAUGAUCCUAAAAUGGAAAGGAGCAAAGCUUGACCAAGGAGAAUAUGAAAGAGCAGCUAUUGAUGCUGUUGAUAACAAAAAAAAUACACCUUUGCAUUAUGCUGCUGCCUCAGGGAUGAAAACCUGUGUAGAGCUUCUGGUAAAACAUGGUGGAGACUUGUUUGCGGAAAAUGAAAAUAAAGAUACACCCUGUGACUGUGCUGAGAAGCAGCACCAUAAAGACUUGGCCCUCAACCUGGAAUCUCAAAUGGUAUUCUCACGGGAUCCUGAAGCUGAAAGCAUUGAAGCUGAAUAUGCUGCUUUAGACAAAAGAGAGCCAUAUGAGGGACUAAGACUUCAGGAUUUGCGAAGGCUAAAGGAUAUGCUGAUAGUGGAAUCUGCGGACAUGCUUCAAGCUCCACUGUUUACUGCAGAAGCUCUGCUUCGGGCACAUGACUGGGACAGGGAGAAAUUACUUGAAGCAUGGAUGUCUAAUCCAGAGAACUGCUGCCAACGUUCAGGUGUUCAAAUGCCAACUCCACCUCCAAGUGGGUAUAAUGCCUGGGACACACUCCCUUCACCACGAACUCCCCGCACCACUCGCUCUUCUGUGACCUCCCCUGAUGAAAUCAGCCUGUCACCAGGAGAUAUUGAGACAAUUCUGUGUGACAUUUGUAUGUGUAAUAUUUCUGUAUUUGAAGACCCAGUGGAUAUGUCUUGUGGACAUGAGUUUUGCAGAUCAUGCUGGGAGGCGUUUUUGAAUCUGAAAAUUCAGGAGGGUGAGGCUCACAACAUUUUUUGCCCAGCGUAUGAUUGCUUCCAGCUUGUUCCUGUAGAGAUAAUAGAAAGCGUGGUUUCCAGGGAGAUGGACAAAAGAUACCUACUGUUUGACAUUAAGGCCUUUGUUGAAAAUAAUCCUGCUAUUAAAUGGUGUCCUAUACGAGCCUGUGAAAGAGCAGUCAAGCUAACAAGACAAGGGUCAAAUACAACUGGUUCAGACACACUUAACUUCCCAUUGCUAAGAGCCCCUGCCGUGGAUUGUGGAAAAGGGCAUCUCUUCUGCUGGGAAUGUCUUGGUGAAGCACAUGAACCUUGUGACUGCCAAACAUGGAAGAACUGGCUGCAGAAGAUAUCAGAAAUGAAACCAGAAGAACUUGUGGGAGUUAGUGAGGCUUAUGAAGAUGCUGCCAACUGCCUAUGGUUACUAACUAACUCCAAACCAUGCGCCAACUGCAAAUCUCCAAUUCAGAAGAAUGAGGGCUGCAACCACAUGCAGUGUGCAAAGUGCAAAUAUGACUUUUGCUGGAUUUGCCUAGAAGAAUGGAAGAAGCACAGCUCUUCUACUGGAGGCUAUUACAGGUGCACUCGCUAUGAAAUCAUUCAGCAUGUAGAGGAACAGUCCAAGGAAAUGACAGUGGAGGCUGAAAAGAAACAUAGACGAUUUCAAGAGCUUGAUAGGUUUAUGCAUUAUUACACGAGGUUUAAGAACCAUGAGCUCAGCUAUCAGUUAGAACAGCGCCUUCUAAAAACUGCCAAAGAAAAGAUGGAGCAGUUGAGUAGAGCUCUCAGUGGAACUGAAGAAGGCUGUCCUGAUACCACUUUCAUUGAAGAUGCAGUACAAGAGCUCUUAAAAACUCGCCGCAUUCUCAAGUGUUCUUAUCCAUAUGGAUUCUUUUUGGAACCUAAAAGCACAAAGAAAGAAAUAUUUGAACUUAUGCAGACAGACUUAGAAAUGGUUACGGAAGACCUUGCUCAGAAAGUAAAUAGGCCUUAUCUUCGUACUCCUCGUCAUAAAAUAAUCCGUGCCGCAUGUCUUGUGCAGCAGAAGAGGCAAGAGUUUUUGGCCUCUGUGGCCCGUGGAGUUGCCCCUGCAGACUCACCAGAAGCUCCAAGACGCAGCUUUGCUGGUGGAACAUGGGAUUGGGAAUAUUUAGGAUUUGCAUCCCCUGAGGAAUAUGCUGAAUUUCAGUAUCGGAGGAGGCAUAGACAGCGUCGACGUGGAGACAUGCACAGUCUGCUCAGUAAUACUCCAGACCCCGAAGACCCUAGUGAGAGCACGUUAGAUACUCAAGAGGGUGGUAGCAGUAGAAGACACGGUACCUCCAUGGUGAGUUCAGCUUCUAUGAGUAUUCUGCACAGCUCUUCACUUCAUGACUAUACCCCUGUCAGUCGCUCUGAAAACCAGGAUUCUCUUCAGGCUCUUAGUUCUUUGGAUGAAGAUGACCCAAACAUCCUGCUUGCUAUUCAAUUAUCAUUGCAAGAAUCUGGCCUGGCUAUUGAUGAAGAAACUAGAGACUUCCUUAAUAAUGAGGCAUCAUUAGGAGCAAUAGGUACAUCUUUGCCUACAAGGUUGGACUCGGUUCCUGUAAAUAUAGAUAACCCUAGGGCUGCUUUGAGCAGCUCUGAGUUGUUAGAACUUGGUGAUAGUUUGAUGAGACUAGGGGCAGGCAAUGAUCCAUUUUCAGCUGAUCGCCUUAGUUCACACCCUUUCAGUGAUACAAGAAGUGGAUUAUACUCAACAUCUAGUGAUGCCGAUUCAAGUAGCCAGGAUCCCAACAUUAAUGAAAAUCUGCUUGGAAAUAUCAUGGCCUGGUUCCAUGACAUGAACCCUCAAAGUAUCGCACUAAUUCCUUCAGCAAGUACAGAAACUGAUGAGGAUUCACAGCAACAUAGUAUCGAUGAUGGGUCAGGAGGACAAGCAAAUCUUAUAGAGGUAGGACUGGAACCUCAGGAAGAGCAUGCACUUUUUGAGGAUGCCAUCAGAAAUGAAGGCAGAGGAACCCAAACAGAAGCGAGUAUUUCUGAAGAAAACAUCAUUCCAGGGGAUAGACUGCCACAAAGUGGUGACUGUACCGGGGAAGCUAUUAGCAGUGUGGAUACUUCAGAAGAGGUUUCAAGUCAAACUCCUCAGACCUCAAAUGAAUGGAUUGAGCAUGUACAUUUGGUAUGA